AUGGCUCGUACUAAGCAAACCGCUCGCAAAAGCACUGGUGGCAAAGCCCCUCGCAAACAACUUGCUGCUAAAGCUGCUCGUAAAUCAGCACCAGCUACCGGUGGUGUCAAGAAGCCACACCGAUACCGCCCUGGUACCGUUGCUCUUCGAGAAAUCAGGCGAUACCAGAAAUCCACUGAACUCUUGAUCAGGAAACUUCCUUUCCAGCGAUUAGUUCGGGAAAUUGCACAAGAUUUCAAAACCGAUCUUCGUUUCCAAUCCUCCGCUGUCAUGGCACUACAGGAAUCCGCUGAGGCUUACCUUGUUGGAUUGUUCGAGGACACAAACUUAGCAGCCAUUCAUGCCAAACGAGUCACCAUCCAGCCCAAGGACAUUCAACUAGCACGCAGGCUUAGAGGCGAACGAUCAUGA